AUUUUUAAAUUAUUUUCAGGUUAUCGUCAUCACGGUAAACACGCUGAAGUAGUGUCAGAUGAUGAAUCAAGCAAUGAUGCUGCCAGCAUUAUUAGCGAACAGUCGGAAAUAGUGGCAGAGGACGCAGCGAAUGACAACAAUGAAGUUGAUGAGUUGAGCCAGCAAGAAGUGUUUGAGGAGAAACUAAAAGAGGCUAUAGAUGGACUGUCUCAAAAAAGUGCUAAAGGUCGAACGUCCUGUUUUAUGGGCGUCGAGCGAAUUUUCUCACUCAAGUACAUCCCAUAUUUUAUCGAAGACAGAAAAAUGACCAUCACUGAUUACGUAGAACGGGGUCUGAAAAAAGGACGAAGCGAGGAACGUUGUAUCGCUGCGAAGCUAAGUACACUUCUCUGUGUUCAACUUGGUGCAUUUGAUAGUGCUGAGGCUGUGUACGAAGGACUCAAGCCCACUCUUACGUUUAUUAUCAAUGAUAACACUGCCUCUAGUCAGGCUCGAGCCGAGUGUUGUUGGGCGUUCAGUAUGAAUCACUUCUUCACAGGGAAUGACUCUGCCGAUACUAUAAUUAAUGCACAAAUAUUGUCAAACAUAUUUGCUGGUUCAUAUUUAAAAGGCAAUGGUGCUGCGGCUAUAGUAUCUACUGAAUUGGCAGCAUUACACGCGGCUGCAUUAUCUGCUUGGACACUACUUCUAACAAUCAUGGCACCUUCUGAUAUUUAUAAAUUACUAGCUAGUAGUAAGACCAAUAAUUUUAUGCCUUCAUUAGAACGUUUGCGUCAAUUACUGGAAUCACCACAUCUGGAUGUGCGCGUGUCUGCAGGCGAAGCCCUAGCAGUGAUUUUCGAACUCGGUCGAGAACAUUCUGAUGACUAUGAGCAAGACUGGGCACUUGAUCUUAUUGAAAAUCUCAGGGGAUUGGCGUUUGAUUCUAGUAAAUCCCGUGCUAAGAAAGACCGUAAGCAACAACGAGCCAGUUUCCGCGACAUACUGCGUUACAUUGAGGAGGAUAUUGUACCAGAGAUGCAAGUAAGAUUCGGUUCAGAAACGAUGUACCUCGAAGGUUGGUGUCCACGAAUCCAAUACCACGCAUGCUGUCGCUUGCUAGGCUCAGGUAUCAACACCCAUCUAGCUGAAAAUAUAUUAUUGCGCGAUAUAUUCCGUCUUGGUGACGCUAUUCCCGCAAUGGCGGUUCAAAAAACAUCCAAACUUCAGAAAACUCUCAUGAAUGCUGCUGCAUACAAAGCGCGUACUAUUCUACGAAGUAAAAACCGUGAUAAACGAAACUUUUUAGCACAGUAA